AUGGAUAAUAUGUUUGGACACCCGUCAGAAUGCUCCUUGCUUGGUCUGAACAACGAUUUCACACCAUUGGAAAAUUCUUACCUUCAAUACGCCGGUGAUGGUCAACUCAAUGGCCAAUUUUAUCAGCCAAUCGAUCACUCUCCUAACCCAAGUUUACAACCAGUGCCCUUGAGUCAAGUAAACAAUGCUCUACCUGCGCCAACCCAGCAAGCCUCCCCAAACCCGACCGAGUCAAUCUCUGGCCCAAACCCGACCGAGUCAAUCUCUGGCCCUCGAUCUCACAUAGAUGUUGAUCCUGCCCUAUCUGGUCUUACCGAGCCCAGUGAUUCAAGUCCAGCCAUUCCGUCUCACCCUGCCGAUAAACCGUUACCAACUGACGACUCCCACCAGGCUCCACAUGAAAGCCCAACCAAACCCAAGCCCCCACCACGUAAAACGAUGGCACCUAACCAGGUUCAAAGAGCCCAAAACAUGGAUCUUGACGAGCUCAUCAAACUCGUAGCCUCUACGGCUCAAUACACGCGACUAACUGCCGAAAACGAAGUCGAACUCAAUGACGCCUACAUGGAAUACCAACGUCAGCUGUAUCUGAUUGCUUACAAGAACAAACUCGCGAUCGCACCGUGUUUACAAUACGUUGGUGAAGGAAUCAACCCAAGAGGCGCUUCAAAUUACAACAAUUUUUGUCGUUAUGAUCUGGUUGCCAGCAAGGUUGCUCAAGACAAAACAAUGCAUGUGGAAGAUCGUAUGCGUGAACUCAGUAGACUCUGGCACUUAAAUGACGACACUGCAAAGGAACAAUGGAAGGAUCCCGAAUUCCUGAAAUCGCUUCCAAAUUUUACCGAGGUGAACAAGGAUGCAUCCACAUCUGGCACACAGAAGCACAAACCACCAACCUUUGAUGCCGAUCGUUGGUCCAACAAGAUUGUUGCGGAUUUAAGAAACCUCAGCCGAAGCUCCGGAAUUGAAGGAUUUUUGGUUGUCGGAUCGCGCAGCAAAGAUUCUAGUUUAAAUUUUCAGGGGGGAAGUCAUUUGGGCAAAAGAUUCCUUGACAUGUACGCCACCAAGGAUGAUCCUGUCUCCAACUUCAUGGAUUUCAUCAAAGGAUUCAAGGUCAUUCAGAAGAUCACGGGCAGCGAGCCGCCGCCGGUCGUUACAAAAAAGAAACCUCGAAAGCCGAAGCCACGGGAAAUCAUUACUCCACACGACAAGGGCAGCAGAAAAAAGAAUAUCAAGUUCAUCCGAGACAAACUUAAUGCUGCAAUCAAAUUAGCAACUCAUGGCACAUGGACAAAAGGAUGGCCGGGCACCCGCACUCAAUGGCAACUUGCCCGACUUAAGGUCACAUUACAAGUGAAGCAAGAUAAUGACCUGAAUGUCUCUCCGAUUCACUUCUGUCGACGGCCUGGUGAUAUGUUAGAGAUACCAGCUCAAAUGGUCGUUGCAGCAAUUGAGGAAGAUUGGGUCCAAUUGAUUGGGCCCCCAGCUCCUUCAAACGAUAGCGUUGGGUGCGAUAUCGAUAGCCCAGCCAACGCUGCAACAACGACAAACACUGCGACAACGACAAACACUGCGACAACUACGGUUUCAGUUGCCCAAUGUGCCAUAGACAACCUCCCUAUCAAACAAAAAAAACGCAACACAGGCCCCGCUACCUUGAAAGCCAACCCGCCGAAAAAAAAACAGAAGCGUGCAAGCAAUCAGGAGGGGGAGGAGGAAGAAGAAGAAGAGGAGGAGGAGGAGGAGGAGGAGGAGGAGGAGGAGGAGGAGGAGGAGGAUGAAGAAGAAGAAGAGGAAGAAGAGGAGGAGGUGGUGGAUGAACAGGAUGAAUAA